AUCCAGAUCCCAUUUCCACGACUUUAUAUUCACGUAAACGUUGCCACAACACAACGUACUCCUCUUCUCGUAUCACCACUUCAUCUUCAUGUUCAUCUCACCAUCUUCAGACAGCUCUUUUGUAAUAAACCCAACAUCACUGUCACCAAAAAACAUCAUAAAAUGGUCACUUCUCUUCCAUCACCACCACCACUCAACCAAACCUCAAACAAUCCACUCACACAUUUUAUACACAACGUCCUUUCUCUAGACGGGAACAUCAUGCUAGCCGCUAUAAUCUCAUUACUUCUCGUCAUCCUAUUUGUUUUAUUACUUCAUGUUUAUGCCAAGUGGUUUCUAGGCCAGGCCCGGUACAAUCACACCACUCGAAGGACCUCGUCCUCGUCCAUACCCGGUGUACUAGGCUCCCGUUUCCAUCAUUUCCACACGUUCACGAUCGACACCACGGUGUCCGAUCCCACUCCCGCAAAAGGCCUCGACCCCUCCGUCAUUUCUUCGAUACCGCUAUUCGUGUCGAGAGAAGAUAAACAUGGGCUGGAAUGCGUGAUUUGCUUAACUGUUUUCGAAGAACGGGAAGUGGGGAGGAAGCUACCGAAAUGCGGACAUGCAUUCCACGUGGAGUGCAUUGAUAUGUGGCUGCAUUCGCAUUCCACGUGUCCGAUUUGCAGAGCCUCUAUUGUGGGAGAUGAUGGGAAGAUAAUUGAGACGAGUGGUAGUAGUAAUGCUGGUAGUGAAGAUGAGGAUCAUCAGGUUGAAGGGUCAGAAUCAGUGGUGGAGAUUAUAAUUGAGAACGCAAGUACAGAUCAUAAUCGUCUAAAUGUGAUUGCGGCUUCUUCUUCUUCUUUGCUUAAUAUUAAAGGAGUUCUUGAAAGAGGGUAGGCUAUAUUGUUCACACAAGUUUCUUGACAAUGUUAAUACCACAAUCAAUGAUACAUACAUUUUUUUCCUUAUACCAUAUCACCUGGUUAUUAACCAUUUUGUAAAGUUCUUUAUCACCCAAUUUAUAGAAUUACUUUAGUCUAUUGUCAA